ACGGUGAUGUCGUCGUCGUCGUACGCGCGGGCCGCAAAUGAGACUUUGCGUUGCAAGCGUUCAGAUACGAGUGCAGGCUUUCAAGAUAGUUUUUCAGAUGUGGGGAAGUAGACACGGGAUAGAACGAACGCUCAGAAAAGUCGGACGUGUUUGUAUCUAUGUCCAGAUAGUGAGCCAGGAUGGUGGUGGUGGUGGCGUGCUUUGCAGGUCCGGAAAAUGGCAAGAGAAAAGGUUCAACGAUCGGCCACACCCCGUCCUGGAGAUACGGUUCGCUUAUAUACGUCGACCCAAUGCAUUGCUUUGGUGGAGCAGAUCCAGAGUAGGACCCUUCUGGCCGUAGAGUUUGCCGACUGCCAUGCUGUUGAGGGGGGCAUCGACUUGCAUUUAGAGGUAAAGAAAGGACAGGAUGGCCGGAUAGGGUAAGGCGCGAAGGGUAACCCGCG